GAAAGACCACCACGAAAAAAAAAAAUCUGAGGAUUCUCUGAGAAAAAAACAGAGGAAAAAAGAGAGAUCAACAGAUCAUCGAUCAGUUCCAAGAUAUAUGGGGAACAACCUAAGAUGUUGUUUGGCAUGUGUUCUCCCAUGCGGAGCCCUAGAUUUGAUCAGAAUCGUACAUCUCAACGGCUAUGUCGAAGAGAUCACCCGUCCGGUGACUGCCGGAGAGAUCCUGAAGGCAAACCCUAAUCAUGUCCUGAGCAAACCCAGUUCUCAGGGCGUUGUCCGAAAAAUCUUGAUCUUGUCUCCGGAAUCUGAGCUCAAGCGCGGAAGCAUCUACUUCUUGAUCCCGGAUUCUUCCUUGUCGGAGAAGAAGAAAAAGAAGAAGAAAGAUCUCCGGCGCCGUAAAAACACGCUUUCCGGCGACGGCGACGUGAACAAGAUGAGUAAUAGCAACGGCAACCACAGUUCGACUCUGUGUGAGAAGUAUCUGGAAGACGCGGUGUUAUCGUCGGAGAAGUUAGGUUCCAUCGCCGGAAAACGUCACCGUAACCGCCGGAGACACAGCCGAACGGCGUCGGUGUCCACGUGGCAGCCUCACCUGAAUAGCAUCGCCGAGGAUUAAUUUUUGUUUUUUGUCGGGAAGCCGGAUUUCUAUAUAUUUUUUAACAUCUCCGGAGAGAUAUCAUUUUCUUU